AUGGCCAGGAUUCUGCGCUCAGUCAUUCAGAGACCCCUGGGCAGUCUACAGCCUGUGACAAAAGGUGUGGAGUCUCUCAUUUGCACGGAGUGGAUUCUCCACAAAUUUAGCAGAUCAAGAAUUCCAGAUAAAGUGUUUCAGCCUUCGCCAGCAGAUCAUGAAAAAUAUGGUGGAGAUCCACAAAACCCUCAUAAACUGCAUAUUGUUACCAAGAUAAAAAGUACAAAAAGACGGCCAUAUUGGGAAAAAGAUACAAUAAAGAUGCUUGGAUUAGAAAAAGCACAUACUCCUCAAGUUCAUAAGAAUAUCCCUUUAGUGAAUGCAAAACUGAAAGUGGUGAAAUAUUUGAUAAGGAUCCAGCCACUGAAGUUGCCACAAGGACUCCCGACAGAGGAGGACAUGUCUGACACGUGCCUCAAGAGCACUGGGGAAUUAGUGGUGCGGUGGAAUCUAAAACCUGUGGAGCAGGAAGGAAUUAAGUCCUAAUGCCAGAGCAGCCUCAGAUUUUAGAAA